AGACUGGAACCCCUCCCGACGAGUUUCGCUUCCGCUGCGCAAAUCCAUCAACCAAACAAAUACCAAUAAAACAACAAAUACCAAAUCCUGAAGAAGAAGAAGAAAUUACAAACCCUAAUUUGUACGGCGAGGAGAAUACAGAGUGAUCGAUUUGGUAUUAAUUAGCUAUGGCUGCAAAGAUUCUUGCUAACUUAAUUGUGAUGGGAACUGGUAUAGUGGCAAGGGCUCUAGUUCAAGCAUAUCGUCAGGCACUUACAAAUGCCUCAAAGACUGGUGUCGCCCAAGAAACAUUACAGAACGCAGUCCGUAGAAGUAGCAAGGUCAUGACAGAGCAGGAAGCAAGGCAGAUUCUUAAUGUCUCAGAGACGACCACUUGGGAGGAAGUUCUGAAGAGAUACGACACUCUAUUUGAAAACAACGCGAAGAACGGGACCUUCUACCUUCAGUCAAAAGUUCACAGGGCCAAGGAAUGUUUAGAGGCUGCAUAUCGAGACAAAGGCCAGGGUACGGGUACCCCUAGUUGAGAGGAGUAUGGUUUAUUUUAACUGUAUAAUUAGUGUUCUUGCGGUCUGUCCGAUGGCUUGAAACCGAAAAAUUGAAAUUGUAUUACGAGUCUACGACACAUAAACACGAGCGUUUCUUCGAAAUGCCACAGUUUGUUGAAGUUGUUGUGUUCACAUCACAUCUUGAUUAUAAUGUUUGAUCAAAUAAUCAAAUAAUUAGUGGUUGUGAUUUGCAAA